GGCGUUUAUCAGAUCGCAGUUGCUGGGGACGCUCUCUACAUGGCCACGGUCAACGGCUCCAUACUCCAGACGGAUAUCAGCAGUCUGAACUCUCACUCGGCUCCCAUCGUGCUCUGCGACAAAGCCAUCACGGUGGGCCACUCGGACUCGGUGCUGGCUCUCGCCGUGGAUGCAAAGCCACAUCCAGAUUGUCACGUGUUUGUUUCUGCAGGCUUUGAUGGCGCACUUCACGUCUAUAACGCACAAAGCAAGGAGUGCUUAGCAAGGCACUGUUUCAGAAAGUCUGUCAUCUGUUGCGUGAGCGCAAGCCUCGCACAGAGACUAAUUGCUGUCAUUUCUAAAGAGCGUGAUCUCACCGUAUUUCAUGUUUCUGUCCAAGACAACCCUAUUAACCUACAGAAAGCUGCAACUUUUAGAAAGAUUGCGCCUUUCCCGCCGCUCUGCAUGCAGUUAUCCCCCUGUGCAAAGAAACUCGCUUUGGCCUGUGCCGACAUGAGCAUUUAUGUGUUCCUUUUAACACGGUGUAAUAACGCCGAAGUGCAUGUUGACGCUUCCCAGAGCCUCAAAGGGCACACCUCGAGAAUUACUGGAUUAGACUGGACUGCAGAUGAAGGAAAUCUUGGCUUUCACAUUUUAAGAAGCAGCUCUACGGACGGUGAGCACAAAAUCUGGAACACCGAUACCGGGGAGGAAGUGGAAAAUGCUGUGCUGUGGAAAGACGCCAACUGGGCUUCAGAAACGUGUACGACGGGCUUUACCAAGAAAGGCCUGCUACAUUCGCUACCCAGACAUGAAGUAGCUGUGGGGGUGGACGUCUCGUCAUCUUCAUCUUGCUUAGUUGUGGCCACAUUGUCUGGAAAGCUUUUCCUAUUUCGUCAUCCUCUUCUUCACAGUAAUGGAGAGUUUGACACGUACUGCUGUGGCACAAAUGCGGCAGCAGUGAGAUUUCUUCACGAUGGAGCUCACCUCAUAGUAAUUGGGGGCAAGGACUGUGCAAUUACCCAGUGGAAGAUGGCAACUAAAGACUGCGAUACGGAGUACUCAAACAAUUACGCAAACAUCCGCUAAGUGCAUACUGUAUUCCUUCUUUAACUUCAGUGGUGUUCAUUUAUAACUUUGCAAAGAAUCAUUUUACCUUUAAAUCUGAAUACUGCGUAUAAAUACAAGGGACGUGCAAAAAGUUUCCACAU